AUGCUCAAGUUGAAACAUAGUGUCACCAUAAGAACGGUCUGUCCUCCAGGGUUUCAUCCUGCCGAAUUCUUCCAAUGUGCUAAAUGGGAUCCCCAGAUUGAUGCGAUCAGUAAUCCUGGACCAAGAAUCAGAUGGGCCGAGAAUUUGUCCCGGGUAAAAAAACCGAUGGAACGCUGGAGACCGUGGGUUUAUGAUUCAAGCGGAUUGAGAUUACUUGGUUGGGAUAAAUCGGAAGCAGACUGUGCUCCACCAAAGUUGGGCAACUUCGAAUAUAAAUCGGUUUGCCUCACUGAACCUACCCCGCUAACGCGAUAUUUCAGUGAUCUAGACAAUUUGAAUGCAUUACAUCCACGAUUUCUGCUUGAACAUUAUGUCUAUCGAGAUCCGGAUGAGUAUUUAACGAAAGAAGAGACUGGAAAAAUUGCGUGUACCCUCGGCUGUGAUUGUCGACCGUUCCAGGAAUUGAAGCCGAUGUCACAAAGAGAAGUUAUGCGAAUGCGGUUUGCAACAAACAACUAUCGCACAUUUGAUGACUGGAUUGAGGACUCCAACGAUCAGUUUCUUCAAGGUCUACUUAAUAAAGACGGAACAGUUUGUUCGAGUUCAAAAUAA